GAAUUGGAAGGCAAGGAGUGGAAGCGCAGAGAGAGACCUAAAUUAUGGUUAGCGGACGGAGCAAUCUGGCAGCUAAGACAGUAAAGUGGUAGCCGAGCCAAAUCCCGAUGACGCAACCCAAGUCACCACACCUAUUCUAUUCCCUCUUUACUUCACGCGCUUACCCACGUCCCGGCGACCCCUAUCUUUUAUUUCCCCUACACUUUCGCCCCAUGCGUCCGGCGCGUCACCUUCGCCGCACCGACCCCGUUUUCUUGUUUUUUUUUCUUGGUCAGAGAUCCCCUUUGCUCUUUCACCUUCUCUCUCACAUCAAUAUCACACGAACCGAGAAUAACCUAAUACACCACCAUCACCAACGAGAAUACGACGACGACCACCACCACCAUCCACCAUUAGAAAGAGAUGGGUGACCUCACGGAUUCUGUCACGCAGUCCACCACCCCUCACUCACGACCGUUGCCUAUCCGUGAGGAUUGCUGGAGCGAGGAGGCUACCUCUACUCUUGUCGAAGUUUGGGGCAAAAGGUAUUUGGAGCUCAACCGAGGUAAUCUCCGUCAGAAGGACUGGCAGGAAGUCGCCGACGCCGUCAACGCCAAACAUGGUCAUACGAAGAAGACUCACCGUACGGAUGUGCAGUGUAAGAACCGUAUCGACACGAUUAAGAAGAAGUACAAGAUCGAGAAGGCUAAGGUUACGUCCUCUAACGGAACGAUAACAUCGUCGUGGCCUUUCUUCGAGAGCUUAGAUAACUUGAUCGGAUCUAAUUUUACCGCUAAGAAACAAGCUUCUCCGUCUCCUCCGGUGGCUCUGCCUGUAACUACCUACAGGAGGACUCCCACUUCGACUCCGCCUACGGCGGUGGUGGCUUUGCCCCAGAAGAGGCCGUUGGAUGAUGGCUAUUUCAGGAGGAAUUACUCCGCCAUGGCUGCAGCUGCGGCAGCCGCAGCUGAAUCGGAGAGUGAAGAGGAGGAGGAGGAGGAGAGGGAGGGGGAGAGGGAGAGGGAGAGCGAGGAAGAUGAGGAGGGAGAGGGGAUAAGGAGAUUGGCUCGAGCUAUAGAGAGAUUCGGAGAGGCUUAUGAGAGAGUGGAGAGCGAGAAGUUGAGGCAGAUGUUGGAUUUGGAGAAGCAGAGGAUGAAAUUCGCCAAAGAUUUGGAGAUGGAGAGGAUGCGUAUUUUCACUGAGACGCAGAUUCAGCUUGAGAAGAUCAAGAAGGGCAAGCGAUCUGGGUCCAAUGGCCCCAACUUGCCAUGGAUGAAAACCUUUAUGCUUUGGAUUGGAAGGCUGAUUCGAAGCAAAAAAUCUUCAUUAGGUAAUAGGUACUUAAUUUUUUAGAAUUAGAGAUUGUUGUCAUAUUGAUGAAAACUAGAAUCUGGGCAUAGGGAUAGCAGCUAGUCUAUGUAGGGUUCUAGAAUUUUUUUUUUUUUUUUUUUUUUUAAAUAUAUAGAAUCUGUUUAUACACACUAUAGAGAGAAUGGAUGUUGUAACAAUGUUGUAGGAGAAUGGAUAAUUGCAUAGAUGAUGUUUACGUAUUGUUUGACAAUCCAUCUGCAACUCUGAUCCCCAGAGGCUUUGUCAGGAUAAUUCUAAUCUAGAUGUUAAUUGCAAAAGCUCAAGGGGUUAUGGCAA